AUGGACCUCCCAACCCGCGACAUCCUCACCAACCCACCCGCCUUCCCUCCCUCCCCAGCAACAACCACUCUCUUCACGAACCCGCCCACCACGCCCAUCCAGACUAUCCAGACGUACGAGACGCCUGAUCGCAUCCUCACGGGGAUCCGCAUUACCUGGACGAAUGGGGAUACUGCGAAGUUGGGAGUUUGUUCUGAUGAUGUUUCUGGGCAGAGCUCUAGCUCUGGCUCUGGCUCUGGCUCUGGGUCUGGGACAGAGAUGAAUAUCAGCGCCGAGUCAAAGUCUACUACCGGUCCUAUCCAUACCCAUAACAACGAGCACAAGAUCAACGACAACAGCAAUAUCAACAAAACCUCGGACAACAAGAACUUAGGCACAGAUACCACCACCACCACCACCUCCUCCUCCUCCAAAAACCCCAACCCCAAUAUUGAACCUAAUCUCAUCAUGACAAAAACAUUCACAUUCGACCGCCAAGAACGCAUCCAAAUCAUGUACAUCUACGUCAGCCCCACCCAAGUCGAAGGCUUCUGGUUCGUAACCAACAAACAAAAAAGCUUCUUCCCGGGGCGGUCCAGCGAGAGGCGCGAGAUGAGCGACCUGGGCAGCGGCGUGUUGGUGGGGAUCGAGGGACGCGAGAAACGCGAUGAGCUGGAUCGGGUGGUGGGUGUUUUGGGGUUGGGGGUUAGUUUUAGGAGAUAA